CAACCCGAUUCCGUUUCUUUCCUACACACAAUGAUGUUUGUUCCAAGUCUGACUGGAUUCUUAUAUCUGAGGUUCAUCAGGCAAAAAAAUCCCUGCAUCCUGUUGAGCGACUACUUUUUCCUAUCAAAUUGACUCCUGUUACUGCUAUGGGUGACCAUCCUCCACUUCUCCCCAAGCGGGUGAAUCGCCUAGUUGCAUUAAUUCUCGCCGGAAAUUGGAUUGACCUGGCUGUGUGCCUUUCAGGGGGGAGUUCUAAUCAGCGGCUUUGGUUUAAUCAAAAUGCGAUUGAUAGUUUCAGUGCUCACAAGACUACACCUCUUCUGUCUUCAUACAAUGCUUUCCACAAUCUGCUAAACAAUGGUACCAUAUGCCGUAUGGACCGAUCGAAGCCACCUGAUCUUCAAGAGCUCGUAAGCUGUCGAAAUUCGUCCAUGUUCAAUGUGUGGAGGCCUAAAGCACGCGUGAUUGCUCCGAGGGGCUGGAUGAAUGAUCCAAUGGGAAUGUUCCAAACAAGAAAUGGUAACUUUCAUGUUGGUUAUCAAUGUAGCCCACAGCACUUGGGUUGGGCAAAUAUUUCGCAGUGCUCAGCUUCGACAAGUGAUUUUGUCGAGUUCGAUGAUUAUCGAAGUUGGGAAGACCCGGUUACUAUUAGUCCAUCCCAGAUAUAUGAUAUUCGAGGUGUCUUUGACGGCGUUGUGGUAAAAGACGGAUGGAAUGGACAUCCGACUCUCAUCUACACCUCAGCCUAUGUUGGCGAGUUUGCCCCUCGAUGUGAGCCACCAGAAGUUGAAGGCGUGGAAACUCAGAGUGUCGCUUACACGGAAGAUGAUGGCAAUACAUGGACCAAGUUGAAUUUCGGAGCAAGCGGCAACCCGAUAAUUUACCACUGGCCCGAGAAAAAUCUAUCGGGCUUCAGGGAUCCAUUUGUGUUUGAAUCCAAGGAGUUCUCGAAGUUUUACGAUCAUAGUUCCAAUGCUCAUCAGCUUUACCCAGAUUCUAACGAGCAAAAGCCCAGAGGGGACAAAUACUUGCUUCUGAGUGGUGGCAUUCGCGUAAAGGCAGACCCAAUAAACGGGGGACCCAGGGUAUUCCUCUAUAGACAGACUAAAGAAAACGACCUCCGUGACUGGACUUACCUCGGUCCCAUCCUAUCAUUCACUGCCGAAUACAAUCAAACUAGUGAAUGGACCGGCGGGAAUGGUAUCAACUUUGAGGCAACUGGAUUCAGUACGAUUGAUGAGCAAGGUUUAGCUCCGGAUUUCGACUCAUCGAACGUCACAAAUCAGUUAAACAUCUUCACAACUGGAACAGAGGGUGCACGCAAUUUUACACACAUGGAUUAUUGGCCCGUUUGGCAUGCGGUUAAUUGGAACUACAACGUCACGGGUGGUCAUGUCAGAGGAGAGGUCGAUUUUUCUGGAGUUGUUGACUGGGGGCGAGCAUAUGCAUUUGCCCAGUUCUCAGCAGGGAAGCGUCAAUUAAUCGUGGGUUGGGUAUACGAAGACGACGAGUUUAAUGUCUUGACUCACCAAAGAGGGGCACAAGGAGCUUUCACAUUGUUUAGGGAGAUGUUUGUCAAAGUUAUCCGCAACAUUCACCCUGGUGCACUCAAAGUUCCAGAGCAUGCCCCCAGCUGGACUACAAAAAUUGAAAAGGAUGGCAGUCAUUCCGUUGUUACCUUUGGCCAACGGAUCCUACCUGCUAUUAAGGCCGCAUUCUACGACCGCUCGGAGGUCACGAAGUUAAAUGAUCGUGCCUUAAACAUCACUUCCACAUCUGUCGCACAACAUCAAGAGGGUGGUCUCCCGACUAGCCUCGUGGCAUUUGAGAAGCAACCCAAGGACCGCUACUAUGUCAUCCGCGCCCAACUCGAUUUUUUCCCCGAACAGCAUGUCCCGGCCGAUGAACCGUUAAAACGACCCUCGGCCUUACGUGGGGGAUUUAGGAUAUUGUCGGGAAAAUUUGAACGGACAGAUAUUUUCUAUGAUCCCAACCAAGAAUACUUGGUCAUUGACCGAUCUCAUAGCUCGACCAUUCCAUCAUAUGGAAACUCAACUGAGCAAGCCAAGCACAGACUUUGGCCUGUCUUGAACCCUGUCACAAACAACACCAACUACGAAUCCUUGAACCUGACGAUCGUAGUUGACAACAGCGUCCUCGAGGUCCAUGCUAAUGAGCGCACUAUCAUCACAACCCGGGUAUAUCCUUGGUGCAAAGAUUCGGUGAAUGUCGAAUACUUUGUUCAAGGGCCAGAGGUUGCCCUCAGCCAGGCUAAACCUGCAGAUAGCGCGACUUCAGAGCCAGAUUCUCACCAUUUAGACCCUAAGCCCGUGUCUGAAUCCCACUCUCAAGCAGUCCAUUUUUCACAAGUUGAAUUGUGGGAUGGCUUAGUGAACGCGUGGCCUAAUCGCCCAAGUGACACUAGCCUUCCAGGCCUUUACAGUUACAACAUCACCAGUACCGUUUACGGGUUAUGGCCUGAUCUAUAAGCAAAAAAGUAGGGAUUAAAAUCCAUACACAUUUGUCGCCAACGUCUCUGGCACGCAAUGUCGAAUCCAAGCUCCAUUUUUUCAAAAAAAAGAAUGUGUUUAUUUUGCUUUGGGUCACAAGACAUGACCCUGGUUGUAAAUUAUUGCUUAUCAUUUUGUUCUCUUCAUCCAUCUUGUGCCAUUCCACUUUUUCGACGCUGCAGUUCAAUUUGCCUUACACACGAUAACACUGUGGUGUGCCACUUUUUUACAUACCAUGCUUUUUUCAAUGCCUUGAUCCUCCUCAGCUUUCCCAAUCGAUUUGAUGCCAGGAUGCAUUUGAAGCACGCUUGAACCUCAUGGCUUCGGGCUUUCAGCGAGUUUUUUUUUGUUGACGGGACUUGAGCCGCCAUCGGCGCGGUCGAGACAGAGACCCCGUGGGGCUCGCCGCCCUUAGCGACUGCUACGACAUUUCACAUCCAGCCGACACGAGACGGCUCUAGCCGGAGCCCACGAACUCGACUGGGUAUACAUCGAGCAUGAGGAAUAAGAUUUU